CCACCCCCUUUCGUCGCUCCACGCCACCAGGCCGCGCACAUGCGCAGCACCCCGCAAAUACACGCCGACCGGCUGGCCGAUCGGCGAAAACCCACGGCGAAAUUGGGCGAGACGUGCGGUGCUGGGAGACGGACGGGCCUUCCGCUCCCAUCCAUCCAUCCAUCACUCCUCGUCCCGUCGCCUCCCGGCCGGCGCCUUUCACGUGCUGCUUUCCUCUCCUGCCCGCGAAACAGAAAUUAGGCCUCGCCCAGCUGUACACGCCCGCGAAAAGGAGAGAGCGCGCCGGGAUUUAACCCCGCGACUCACCCGCCCCCCGGCCGGACGGGCAAACACACGUACAUACCUCGGCACCGCAGGUCUCAUCGUUUCCUUCCGCUGGAGAUCGACAUGGGAGCCGAGCAGCAGCACCAGGCCGCCGGGGGCAGCAGGUUCGCCGUGGCGUUCGGCCUGCUGCGCCAGUACAUGAGGGAGCAGCCUGGCGUGGUCACCGUGGGCCUCUCGCCGGGCGGCGGCGACGGCGUCGAGGCGGUGGCGCCCGAGCAGCGGAUCCGGACCAUGGAGCUCUUCCCCCAGCAGGCCGGCACGGUCAGGGGCUCGCACGAGAGGACGGGGCCUGAGAGAGCGCCGCUCACCAUCUUCUACGGCGGGAGGACGUUCGUGUUCGACGACUUCCCCGCCGAGAAGGCCAGGGAGCUCAUGCAGCUCGCCGGCUCCUUCUGCGCGCCGCCGCCCGCCCCCGACGCCGAGCCCGCCUGCCAGAACGCGCCGGGGCAGCCUUGCUUGUCAGACCUGCCGAUCGCGAGGAAGGCGUCGCUCCACAGGUUCCUGGCGAAGAGGAAGAGCAGGCUCACCGCGGCAGAUCCGUACCCGGCGCCGUUAGCGGCGCCGGGGGCCGGGGCGGCCAAGGAGACGGCCGGCAAGGCUGCGCCGGAGGACGGCGGCGCGCCGUGGCUCGGCGUCAACCCCGCGCUCCAGCUCAACUGAAGGAUUUGAUGAGCCGGGGAGAGGAAUAAAUCACUGCCUCACUGCUUCUCCACGUAGUACUACUAGUACUAUGUACUGCUACGUGGAUCCUUGAUUGUUGCCGUUUUUAUCUUACGCCCGUUAAUUGGCUGCGUCAGGGCAAUCAACUGCAUGGCGCUGGCUAAAUAUAUAUAGCACGUAUGUUCUUCAUCUGUUUGAGAAUUCUUUGGUGUCGAAUAAAAGAACUCUUUCAUGCUGAA